GUAACUGAAGUUUCGGCAAAGAGUUCAGAGCAGAUAACGCGUUAAUCAUCACCACACUAACCAUGGAGAUACUGAAUGUUACAAAAACAACAAACGAGAAUCUGAAUAGUGUAACAAUUUGAUAUGGUGCCUAUAGCAAAGAACACAUUUACUGCUAUCAGGAUCAGAAAGAUACAGAAGAAAGCAAAGUUGUCAGCCAAGUAGGUACAGCAGGUAUCCUGAAUGCAACAUGUACGACACGUGUUGUUUCAAUAGUGACCAUUGGCCAUCUACACUUCCUCGAUCUGAAAAAAAAAUAGUGUACAGUUUAUGAUUUGCAUAACAGAUAGAAGACUCCCUGUCAAAAUACUCCUGGAUUUAAAAUGGAGUGCGAGGAAAGGGAAGACCAAGACCAAGAAGAGAGCAAUGCCCUUAUUAGGGAAUAUACAAAUUGUAUCCUUCAAAUGGAAAAGAAUGAGGAGGAAUCUGAUAAGGAAGAUAUUGGUAAUGAUAAAAAUGCAGAUGAAAAUAAUACAUUGAAAGUGGAGGAUAAAACCGAAGCAUUUUCUGCAUUGAAAAUAAGUGUGCCAACCCUUCAGCUUCCCAAAGAAAACUGUCAAAUAUUAAAUCUACCGUCCAUUGAUCCUACCAAAGAAAAAAGCCCUGGCAAAAGUGAUUCCACUGCUGAGGAACUGACACAGAGCCUUGGAAAUACAUCAACCGAUGAUCAAGCAAAGAGUAAUGAAGAUUUGAGAGUUGAACAUUCUGUAAGUUCCUUAACUCCUCUAGAAGUAGAUGAUCCGUUGGAGAAGGAAAUCGUACCAUUGAAACAUUGGGAAAUGAGGAAUGGGAAUAGCAUAAAAACUGAUGUUGAGAAAAGACCAAGAAAAUCACGAAAAAGUGCAAUCGUUGCGCCAAACAACUUCUCUUUGCUAGUUAAGGAGCAUACAAGGAGUGAUACCUUGGACUUGCAGAAUUAUAGCCCAGAAGCAAAAGUCAAUGAAGGUGUGAAUAAUUGUUGUGCGUCGUUGAAUAGCUCAGAUACCAAGUUAAUACCUGGGGAGACUAUGAUGGAAUCGCCGAUUUCAAUACGGACCUUUAAAGAACGAGACUCUCAAGAGAAUUUCAUUUUAUAUGGAUUACUUACGCCAGCUCUAUGCCUUGUUCCUGGAAUAGACGGGCAUGAUGCAUUGACAAAGAGUUUUACAGAAUUACAUGGUGAGAAUCGGGAAUUGAAAUUAGCAGCAGCACACAUUGAUGAUGCCCUCAGUGGUCGGGGGAAGUAUGGAAAAGCGCGUUCUUACUUCAAGGACAAGUUUGGACGAUGGUGCUUUAUGAUGAUAGAGAGCAAUUGGUUUAACCGACUCAUCCUCUUCAUGACAGUAAUCCACUUGAUAUUAACAUUCCUAGAACCACCCGGUGUAGAUAACCAUAUUAAGGUAGUGUUUGUACUCACUCCUGUCUGCCUGUUAGUGUACGCAUUAGAUGUUUUUGUUCGAAUCAAAUUUCUCUCAUGGAGAAUAUUCUGGACUUUGGAUGAAAAUAAAUGGACAAGGGUGGAGUUUAUAUUUGUUUGUUUUUAUAUUAUUGAUUUCAUGAUUUUGAUACUCGAGGAAGUACUAGCGAUACGUCUUGUGCAGCCAUUUCGAUGCCUUCGUGCAGCUAUAAUUCUUUGCAAAUCAAGAAACGUUGGUCACAUAUAUGAUGUGGUAACUUCAAUUGUUUUAAAACUAGGGAAAGGAUUUCUCAUUAUUUUCACCUUCAUUAUGCUGUUCUCAGCAGUUGGUGUUCACCUGUUUAUGGAGGAUUACCAAAGCAUACCUGAGGAUUAUAACUGUACAUCAGAAAAUUAUACCACAACAGAGACCAGCGUUUAUCAUGGUGCUUUUAAUAAUGUUGCUAUAACUUUUUUGAGGCUAUUUGUUUUGUUGUCAACUGAAAAUUACCCAGAAAUAAUGAUUCCAGCUUAUAUUGGCAAUCAUUUUAGUUUCUUCUAUUUUGGGAUCUACCUAUUCGUUGGUGUCUUCUUCCUUACAGCCAUCUUGCUAGCUAUCAUUGUGGAUAGUUAUUGGGAAUUUGCCAAAAAGGAUGUGAAGAAGGAGCGAGCACGAGAAAGAGCGGAGCUGGCUAAAGCAUGGAAUCUUUUAGAUCCGCUUGGAAGUGGCAGCCUCAGGGCAGAUGAUAGCAGGUUUUUGAAACUCUUCCAAAUGCUGAGGCCAAAGAAUACAGAAGAAAUGAACUUACAGUUAAUAAGUUAUUUAGAUAGAAAUAGUGAUGGUGAAAUUGAUUCUUUUGAAUGGACAGUACGACUCUCGGAAGCUCUUAGCUUUGAGUUUGAGGAAACUAAGAUUGAUGGGAUUGACAGCUUACCAAAAAGUUUACAGGCCAUUGGUAGAUUUUCACGGAAAAUUGAUCGUUCUGCAAUCUUCUCCAAAUUUAUUCUUGUGUUGAUAUUUAUUCACUGCCUGUUGUUUUGUAUUUAUUGGGAAGGAAUAAGUGACGUAGCUGUCCUCACUAUUCAGAGUAUUAAAUCAUUCAUCGUCAGCAUUUUUUUCAUUGAAUUAAUCCUGAGGAUUCUUGCAGAAAGUAAAAAUUUGCUUGACCCACUGGAGAUUCUGGACAUAAUUCUGAUUAUUGUAGCGAUUGUUUCAAAUAUUGUUUGGUACGUGGUGGAAGACGUGAAUAAGAAUCGCGCUGCAUGCACCGUAGUUUCUGGAUUGGCAGUGUUUUUUAGACUUGGCUUUAAUCUCUAUCAGACCAAGAAACUAAUUACAUUGUUUACAACUCGGAUUUUUCCUGUCAUGUUUGACCUCAUUGUUCUAGUCUUCAUAAUCAUCUAUUUCUAUGCAAUAAUUGGAUUUGAAUCGUUCAGUGGUAGAACGAGAAACCCAUUAUACUCAUCAAGUCAUUAUGACUACUGCUGUGGACUUGGCUUUGACACGUUUUCGUGUGCUUUGCUUGUUAUCUUCCAAAUUGUGACGACAAGUAACUGGCAUGAGAUUAUGAACUCUGUUAUGAAGUCCACUUCUGAUUUUACCUGUAUUUACUUUGUGACUUGCUACAUUGUCAUCAACUUAGUUGUCAUGAACUUGUUUGUUGCCAUAGCAAUUGAAGCAUUUAAUAAGUUAGGAACGGAGAAGGAAUUAGAGGCAGCUGAGAACAAAAGUAAUGCGUAUGAAUCUGGAGAGCAGGAUAAGAGCGCCCUCAAUUCAGCUAAGACGUUUCUCAACAACAUAUUUGAAAGUUCUCGGGUGGAAGAGGAGAAGGAACGUAAUAUUAGACCAACUAAUAGCCCUCGUAUGAGGAGACCAAGUAGAGUCAGCAUUGUACAUCAAAAUCCAGGCAUGUCGCCGUUGUUGAUACCUUCGGACUUAAGUCCUGUAUCAAUUGAAGAUGAAGACGUGGACGAGGACGAUGAUAAAGAUAACAUUUCGGAUCUGAAACACCUGACACCAAAAGAAAGGAGAGAGCAGAUAUUAAAAAGGAAGAGAGCAAAGAAAAAAAAGAAGAAAUUAAACAUAAAUAAUCCAAAAACCAAGAUUGAGGUUGUGACGGCAUAUCGUGGAACUAAGGAUCAGGAGCUUGAUUUAAUUGUUGGGGAUGAAGUUCAAAUAAUACAGAAGCAAGAUGAUUGGUGGGAGGGUAAAAUCCGAGGGCGUAAAGGAUGGUUCCCGGCAUCCCACGUCCGAGAAGUGAAAAGAAAGCCAGUAGAGCAAUCGAAACAUGAAAUUAAGGUGGAUGAGAAACGACUGCCUAGCCCACCCACUACUGCUUGGACUGGAGAUCCUGUUUGCCGGUCCACCGUUCCGACAACAAAUCCAACUUCUGCAACUCCAGCCAAUAAUGGGGUGCAACGAUCACAGAAUCCACUGGCCCAUCGUUAUACUACACCACACACCAACCAUACUGUAGGAUUCAGUGAAAUGAGGUCAGCGAUGAAUGCGGUUCCAAAAUUAAGGGUCAAGAAUAAAGGUGAUUGGAGACGAGAGAUUCUUGGUGACAUAACAGUUAUGAAUCCAGAAGAGCUGAAGGAACUAAACAAGAUAUUUAGGUCUGGGUCACUUAGUGGUGCAAGUAAUACUUUACCUAUUAGGAAACCACCGUCAAUGAUUGUGGACAGCAUAGUAGAGGAAGAAGAGCCACCCCCGGUUAGACGAAGUAUUUCAGAAAUACAGAAUAAACCAAAAUUUAAACCUCCAGUUGAUAUAUCCCUGUUGUCUGAUAAGAUUAACUUUGAGAGGGCACCGACAAUGGAUUUGGCAGAGGAAGACGAAGAUGAAUCCACUGACAAAACAGAUGACAUCAGAUGUGCUGAUGCUCUUAUAAAUCAUAUUGACACACUAACAGUAGAAAAACCAGAACUACCGUCAGAUUUAAAAAAGAAAAAGCAAAAAGAGAAAACAAAACCAGGAGAAAUGCCCGCUUGGAUGCAGAAUUUUGUUGCAAGCAAACACAUCAGCAUUGUAGCAGAUCAGAAUCUAGAAGAAGGGACAAAAUCCGACAAAGAGGAGGGGUCAAAAUCUGACAAAGAUGAAGGGUCUUUGUUAUCGAUUCCGGGAUUGGUGAACAUAGAUGACGACACAGCAGUUUGAGAUUAUCUGGAUAAAGCAAAAGCUAUUGCAGAAAUGUCACACACCUAAUUAGCAGCAAUACACUAAGCCACAAAUUACUUAAUCACUUUUAAUAGACGAAAGCUGAUGGGUAAUUCCAGAAGAGAGAGGUGACUUGUGUUGUCCAAACACCCAAUUACCUCAGUAAAUAUAAAUGUAUGGAUGAAAUAGGGAAGGGGUUUUUGUGAUAUCUGCAUGGCUUGAGGUUGUAUUCCAUAGGGGGUUGAGAGGCUGCAUUUCAAAUGUAAAUUUUUCCAAUUUUUUUUACCACACCAGUGAUUUUUAUCAGCACUGUACAACACAUUUUUAAUGUUUUUAGCACCCUUGUGCACCUCACAUGCUCUCAGGUUGCAACAAUACUCCUAAUGGAGAGAUGCAAUUUACUACAGCUACCUUUGGAAGUUGAUCGUAUUUCUUCCCAAUGUUUAAUUGAUUUAAAUCAAUUGUGUAUGUAAUUUUGAUGUUAUUUGUAAUAAUGAUAAUUAUAAUAAUCAAAUUGUAAUUUUGACAAAUUUGUAAUCAGUUUGUAAAUAUAAUUCUAUUUCAAUUAUAAUGUAAUUUUUUAUUCAUGUACGGUGUAUAUAUUAUAUUUUCUUUUUAAUAUACAAAUCAUUGCAAUUCAGCUACCCUCUGCGAACAUGCUUUUUAAUAAACUUGAACUAUUAAAACCACUUGGUGUGAUAAUAGUGCAGAACCAAAUAGUUGUGGUACUAUUACAAAACAAAGCUAUGUUAAUGGUAUGAAAACCUUGUGAUAAAUUACUAUGUUUUUUGUAGUCAGCUUUUUCAGUUCAAAUUGCUAUGGUAACACUGAAUGUGAUCUACACUGUAGCCAAAUUAGAAAAAGAAAAAAAUUACCAUAAUUUGUAAUAUAUACUACUCAAGUGACUAUAGGAAGAUUUGCAAUUAAAAAAAAAAAAAUUAAAUUAAAAAAAACAGGAAAUGGGGAGAAGAAACUAAAUUUAUUUUCUAGUUGGUCAUUUUAUGUGCCUGUGAUAUAAAAUAGAGACAAUUUAUAUUUACUGUAAUAAAUAUUUUUAUACAUCAUACAUUUUUGUUUCCUCCAGAGCCUAGGUUUAAGAAAUUGAUAAUGUGCUAUGAAUGUAAAUUAUUGUUGAUAUUUGUAAAAUAUUAGAUAUAUAUAAAAAAUUAUAAUAUAUAAAAAAUUUUCUUUGAUGCAUUAUCAUGUAAAAUACUCCAUACCAGUCUGAGUGGCGAUGUCAAUUUGUCUUUCUAAAGAGCAAUCUUGUUUAACUGUAGCAGAUAACAUUACAAAUUAGACAAAUUUGCAGAAGUGAGACUUGAAAUUCCACCCCUCCUUUAUGGGGGUCAACCCCAAACCACUCCGAAAAUUUUAUUUCCUAAAUGCUUGAAAAUGCAUUUCAUUCAGGAUCUGCAUUUUUCCCUUUUAAUAGCGAAUACAUGUAUUUCAGAUCGUCGCCACUCAAAUUUUUCACGCUGAUGUAUACGUCCUUUGAUGUUAUCCAACAGCGCUUUAAAUACGACAUGUUAUCUACUCUACUGUGUUGUGCAGCUACCUGGUAAUGUAGACUAUGUACUGUAGAUGGAGAAGUUUUAGAAAAUGAGGGCUACAAAAAUCACAAAUACAUAUAUUUUAUAAUAAUUAUAGGAAUUACAUUAAUUAUGGGAUUUUGGUCCUUAGGUGUAAGAGCGUGGGACAGACCCCCAAAUGUGAAUCUCACGCCGAAUGUGAGACUAUGUAGGCUAUGUAGUGUUGUAGAUGAACAGAACGUAAAUAUGAAAUUCUGUAUUUUGUUAUACAGUACUGGAUUCUGUUUUUUUUUAAUUUGGUUUUGUUACUUUGAUUAUUUAUGUUUUGUUUUUUUCUUGUAAUUUAUGUUUAUUCGAAAUUGUAAUCGCCUUACUGAUCAUGGUUCAUUGAGUCUGAGUCAGCAAUGCUAUUAUGUGUCUUAUUUUUGAAUCAUUAUGUUCUCAUUAAUGUUCUCAUUUUAUCGUCAUGUACAUUAUUUGAUCAUCAAACAUCAUGCUCUGAUAAUCCCUGUCUUGUCGUAGUCCUUUGUCUCCCCAAAGUCUUCUAUGUGCCAUGAUAUCCUCCAUGUUGUAAUGCACCGUUCCGCUAAGCCCCGCCCCUUGGAGAGUGUUGCUAAGGUCAAACGAAGCUACUGUACAGUAUAAAAGAUAAGCAAAAAUACGAAAUUUUGCGGGACAAGCGCGUAUUCUUGUCACGUUCUGAAUGGUUAGUUGGUAAGGUCCAUUAAAGUAGGAAGAGUCUUCAUUUGUCAAGUAGCGAUUUAUUCAGAGGUGAUCGAGGAAGCGUUAUUGGUGGAAUUGGGUGUAGUGUACAGUAGUUGGUCCUGAACUGAACAAUUUUGGGUUUGUAAAUGUCCAGAAAUUUGCCUUUUAUACUCUCGUCUGAGUCAAGUGAUACUAUGGUUGGAUUUCAUUUUUUUUAAUUCUAGAAUAAUUGAACACCCACACGUUUGUUAGUCGAUUGUAUUUUAUUCUUAAAUAAAACUAUUUGUAAGUUAUAUAUUUCAAUAUAUGUAUUUAUUAUAAAGGAUUUAUGUAAGUGUUCGUUACGAAAGUAUGCUGUAAAUACCGUAAAAUAUAUCAAUGAUUAUUUGGUGAAAGAAGUGAUCUGUUUUACAAAUAGUAUGGAGUUGUAAAUUAAUGAUUGCCGUAUACAGUAAUUUUGUUAUUUUGUUUUCAGAAAGGGCAUUUAAAGUUUGUAAUGAUGUGAGAUUUCAUUAGAAUUUAUUAAAUUAUGUAUAUUAAAUGAACACUUAUUGAUUUGAAGAUAAA